GACCCCUUCGCGCUCCCGCAACGUCAAAAGCUAUGGAAGCAUUCCUUCCGAAGCUCUCAUUCUUCUAGUACCAUAUCCAUAAGCUGAAACUGAUUGUACAAGGAAUCGAAGGCUCACACACAUCCACGUUUUCCGGCGGUUUUUCAUGAUUCCGGCCAAUUCCGACCACCCCCGACAUCAAGAGCGAUGUAGAUUCGUCAAGCUUGGGUAGUAGGAUUGAAGGUGGAGUUCUAUAUGGAGUUGAAGAUGUGAGUAUUUGUCGUUGCCUUUUGCUUUUUUGUUUCUUGUUUCAUGGCAUAACAGAUACAUUCCGCUUGAUUCUCUUCUAGCUGGCCAUGCAAUGUAAAACAGUAAGAGUAGCAAUGGUUUUGCAUGAACUGGCCCAAAAGCCCCCUCACAGACUCCUUGCCGAAAAAUUCAUCGCACUCUUGCAGUCCUGUAAGGCCAUGAAGCAACUUCACCAAAUUCAGACCCAGAUAAUCUCCCACGGUUUCUCACACAACGAGUACAUUGCACCGAAAAUUGUCUCAGCAUGCGCCGAACUGAAGCAAAUGGCGUAUGCCCACAAGGUGUUUGAUGAAAUACCUGACCCAAAUGUUGCUCUAUGGAACGCAAUGUUCAGAGGGUAUGGGAAGAAUGAGAAUCAUGGAGAAGUUAUAGUAUUGUUUUGCAGAAUGAAGAGCAUGGAUAUAUUGCCCAAUUGCUUCACAUUCCCUGUCGUGAUUAAAUCUUGCGGAAAAAUGAAACGGCCGAUAGAAGGUGAGAUGGUGCAUUGUGUAGUGAUAAAAUGUGGGUUUGGAGCAAACUCAUAUGUGGGAACGACACUGAUUGAAAUGUAUGCGGCUGGGGGACUGAUUGGAGCUGCUUACAAGGUGUUUGGUGAAAUGUUUGAGAGGAAUGUGGUUGCGUGGACUUCCAUGAUUAAUGGGUACAUUUUGUGUGGUGAUAUGGUUUCUGCUCAGCGCCUUUUUGAUUUGGCUCCGGAACGUGAUAUUGUGUUGUGGAACACUAUGAUUUCAGGUUACAUUGAGCUGGGUGAUAUGGUGGCGGCUAGAAAACUUUUUGAUGAAAUGCCGAGACAAGAUGUUAUGUGUUGGAAUACGGUUUUGAAUGGUUAUGCAAGUAAUGGGGACAUUGAGGCUUGUGAGAGGUUGUUUGAAGAGAUGCCUGAGAGGAAUGUUUUCUCUUGGAAUGGGUUGAUUGGAGGGUAUGCGCGUAAUGGACAGUUCUUUGAAACUCUGGGAUCUUUCAAGCGGAUGCUAAGUGAGAGUGAUUUGCUUCCUAAUGAUGCCACCUUAGUGACUGUUUUGUCAGCCUGUGCAAGACUAGGAGCUCUUGAUUUGGGUAAGUGGCUACAUGUAUACGCAAAGAGCAUCGGGUACAAACGAAAUGUCUAUGUUGGGAAUGCUUUAAUUGACAUGUAUGCAAAAUGUGGGAUUAUUGAUAAUGCACUAGAUGUGUUCACGAGCAUGGAUAAGAAAGAUUUAAUCAGUUGGAACACAAUCAUUUGUGGCUUGGCAAUGCACGGUCGUGGAGCUGAUGCCUUAAAUUUGUUUAGCCUGAUGAAGAAUUGUGGAGGAAAGCCAGAUGCCAUCACCUUCGUAGGCAUUUUGUGCUCUUGUACGCAUCUUGGAUUAGUCGAAGAUGGCCUUUUGUAUUUCCAGUCAAUGGUUGAUGACUAUUCCAUUGUGCCUCAGAUUGAGCAUUAUGGCUGUAUGGUUGAUCUGCUUGGACGCUCUGGUCUUUUGGACCAGGCUAUGAACUUUGUGAGGAAGAUGCCAAUGGAAGCAGAUGCUGUUAUUUGGGCUGCCUUACUUGGUGCAUGUCGGAUUUACAAGAAAAUUGACUUGGCAGAGUUGGCACUUGAAAGGCUCAUCGAACUCGAACCAAAAAACCCUGCAAAUUAUGUCAUGCUUUCAAAUAUAUAUGGUGAUCUUGGGAGGUGGAAAGAUGUUGCAAGAUUAAAAGUUUCAAUGAGGGAUACAGGACAUAAAAAAUUCCCUGGUGUUAGCCUUAUAGAGGUGAAUGAUGGUGUGGUUGAGUUUUAUUCCUUGGAUAAGAGACAUCCUGAGACUGAGGAAAUAUAUGGUGCCUUGAUGGGCUUGACGAAACUGCUAAGAUCAUCUGGAUAUGUACCAAACAUUCUGGAGCUUGGGCAGGGAGCCUACCACAACUGAGAGAGGGUCAAUCAGCCUGCUAACUAGCUAUGCGGAGGACCCAGAGGUGACUGUCCGUGGUGACCUUUUUAGAGUAUGGUCACCAUGCAAGGAAGUUAGAGGCAAUAACAGGUCUGGGGUGCAAUUUUUCUUUUGCUUGCAUUGCUCACCAUGUCUUGGAGACAGGCUAAAGCCGUAAAUUGGCCAACCUACUGGAUAGGCUUGAACUAAAAUGUGGGGCGAGUUUGACCCUAAAUAUAAGCGGGUUAAACUGGACCAGACUCAUUUACGAAGUCGGGCAUUCGGUAGCUGAUUGGGCUACAAUCUACCGGUCAAGCCAAACCCCAAUGGGUAAUAACGAGUAACAAAAUAUUUUUAGGUACUUGGACACCCUUUUUCUGCCAGUUUAUAGAUGUAUAGAUUUGUGAUUGAACAGUUAAUUGGUGUCUAGAAAUAGAGGCACUCUUAAAUUGAAAAGCCUUUUUUCCAUUUGACACUUGUAGGUUCCAUUUCAACGGCACUUCAAAUGAAAACCUAGGUUGUUGCCAAAUAUGUCAAUAUAAACGUUAAACCAAACUCAUCUUCUGAACUCCAUAAACCAACAUUUACAUGCUUUGUACGUAUUGUGUUCACCUCUAAACAAUGACUUAAUGAUCUAGUCAUCUCUAAAUAAAACAAAGGAGAAUGUUUAGUCAUGGUAAGUACAGCGGUUAUUAGUCUUAGAUGUCUAGAUGACCAAUAAAUGCAAUGUUAUCAAGUGAUUAAGCCAAGCGGAGGAUAUACUCUAAGAAAGUUUGUGUAAUAAAAAAGGCCUAAUCCACAUCGUUCACGGAAUAAAAUUAGUAUAACUGGGUCACGAAUUUGCAUUUGCAUUUCUUGUUUCAUAAUCUGGUUUAUCUGCUCUUUUGUCAUGCAUGUGGAUUUAUUAGUGAAGUAAUUUGAUGGGUGUGAUUUGGACUUAAUGACUAGUUGGCUUUUAGUUCUGGUCAAGUUGUGCCUGCCUCGCAGUAGUAGUCUACUGUCGUUUAAUGAUGUGCUAUGGCACAUAUUGUUUUUGGCACAGAUCAUAUCUUGACACUUCAUUUAUGCAGUAGGAAUACAUGUUUUUCAUUUUUUCAAAUGUGAACACAGAUCUCUGAUCUUCAAUGUUUAGGAAGUAGACACAUCAUCUUAUAUACCAAACUGGACAGAUGCAAUUUUUUGAGUAGAUCAGAUCACAGAAUGUGUAGAAUGACCUUCUACAAUGUGUGAGGAAGGAGGAAAGUCUUUGGUUGCACACCACUAUGCAAGUUUUUCUCGUGAGGAAGCAAGUAAUACGACUUUGCAUGCACAUAAAGACUAGCAUUUAAUUAUUUUACAAGAGAAAUAGAAGUGUUGAUACAUAUUUUUGGCCAGAUCUUUCUUAAAAAAUGCUGUACAUUCUUAGACUUAUGUUUUGGGUUUUAGUCAAAUUAGGGGUCAGUGAGCUCAUAUUUUCUCAGUAGCCGUUCACUCAGCUAUUCCAGAGGUUUGUGCAGUUUGGGUUUGAUAUCUUAGCCAGGGUGAGUUUGUCCAUCUUUUGGAAUUAUUCUUGGUCCAAACAUAUGGUUGGCUUGGAAAAACUUGGUCUAAUAUUGGAUUCAUGGAUAAAUAUUGAAAAUCCAGCAGUGACUUGAUACGAGUUGUAUCAUCCUAUAUCUUUUUUACUCUCUUUCAUCUAGUCUUGUGUUCAUCUCUCUGUAGUCAACACUCAACGUUUAGUCCUAAAUUCCGACUUAGAAAAUUACUGAUUGAAACGUUUGAAUCUUGUUUCUUGAUUAGCCUACCAGCCAUGAUCAGCAAGUAAAUUGCAACCUUGUUGCUCAUUGUUCAGACAAGUAAACGGUAUCAGUUCAUUGUUCUUAUAUGUAUAUUACUAGAGCCAUUGUCUCUUUGGUAAUGGAUGUCUCUUUUAGCUUUUACCAUUUAGGUGGGUGAUAGUGUUUUAUUGAGUAUAUUUGAAAUCAUGCUUCAACCUGCAUUAAUCACACAUUUAUUGCAGCAUUUGAGUAGAUUCUUAUGCUUAAGGGCAAAAUGAGAAGUUCCGGAAUACCUUUUCCUGGCAAUGAAGGUGGAGUCGUGCUUGACAAGCAAUAAAGAAGGUUUUGAAGGGUACAAAGAAGGCAGGUUUCGAUUAGGUCUUGCUCUGAAACAAUGGACAAGGUUUUUAUAUUGGAGGGGAGCACAUGACCAUACAACGCGUCUUUGACAGUUUUGGACAAAGCCGUUUGUGUCGAUUGGAAUUUUUCUUUCCUCAUGUUUCAGGUACUUAAAAACUGACAUCGUUUCCCAAUUUUGCAUGCACACAAGUUGUUUAUAAAUGCAUGUUAACGUGAAUAAUGAACUGUUUCCAUACUA